AUGCAUAGUCCCACUAAUGCUCAUUUUAAAAUUGCUCUGAGACUCUUAAGGUAUCUUAAGGGAUCUCCUGGAAAUGGAAUUCUGCUUAAAGGAGGAGCUUCUUUAGAUCUUAAAGCCUUUGCGGAUUCUGACUGGGGUAAAUGCGUUAACUCCAGAAAGUCUGUCACCGGGUUUUGUAUUUUCUUAGGAAACUCUCUUAUUUCAUGGAAAAGCAAAAAACAGUCCACUAUAUCUAGAUCUUCUGCUGAGGCAAAAUAUCGUGCGAUGUGUGCUGCGACAUGUGAAAUUCUUUGGCUUCUUAACAUUCUAAAAGAACUUAAAAUUGAUAUUAAACUUCAUGUCUCUUUAUUUUGUGACAAUACAGCAGCUAUAUCAAUUGCCGCUAACCCUGUUUUCCACGAACGUACCAAACAUUUUGGGAUUGAUCUCUUUUUUUAA